AUGUACCAAAGUAGGCAAUCCUCACAAUCACAUGCACCUAGGCAACAAAAUGCAUCAGAGAGUAAUGGUUCACUUGAAUCUUUACUUAAAGGUUUUAUAAACCAAACCAAUGCCACUUUGAGAAAUUUGGAGACCCAACUUGGCCAAUUUGCCGCUGAUCUCAAGAAUAGACCUCAAGGAACCUUGCCUAGUGACACAGAAACAUCUAAGGAACAUGUCAAGGUCGUGACUUUAAGAAAUGAUGAGAACUUGAGAGAAUCUAGUAACGCAAAGGAAACAUCUAAUGAACUGAUUUGUCAAGAAAAUAUUCCACAUUCUUUUGACACAUCGAAAUUUCCAGUUUUGUUUCCUCCAGCUGAAGUCACACAGAAUCCAGUUCUCGUCCAAAAAACAGCAGCUCUGUCCAGUUCCAGCACCAACCAGUCUCCAGCUGACACUGCCCAUAGUAGGCAGAAAGUGCCCACUCCCCAACAGAAAAAGACCGGUCCAACAGAUAUAGAUCUGAGAGAUUUACCUUUUCCAGGUAAGAUGAAAGCCAAAAAUGCGGAUGUACAGUUUAAGAAGUUCUUGGACAUCUUUAAGAAACUCCACAUUAACAUACCUUUGGUAGAGGCUCUUGAGCAAAUGCCUAGCUAUGUUAAAUUUUUGAAAGACAUCCUUAGUAAAAAGAGAAGUCUAAGUGAAUUUGAGACCGUGUAUUUGACAAAGAAAUAUAGUGUUCUUCUUACUUGCAAAAUUCCCCCCCCCCCCAAAUUAAAAGACAUGGGGAGUUUCACCAUCCCAUGUUCAAUUGGAGGGAAGGAAGUAGGUCAUGCUCUGUGUGACCUUGGAGCAAGUAUAAAUCUCAUGCCUUUGUCCAUCUUUAAUAAAUUGGGAAUAAGGGAAAUCCGACCAACCACCGUAAUCUUACAACUAGCGGAUAGGUCUUUGGCGUAUCCAAAAGGAAAAAUUGAAGACAUUUUGGUUAAAGUGGAUAAAUUCAUAUUUUUAGCCAACUUGUUAGUGUUAGAUUAUGAAGCUGAUAGGAAUGUUCCGAUCAUCUUAGGAAGACCCUUUCUUGCCACGGGUAGAACAUUGAUUGACGUGCAAAAAGGAGAGUUAACAAUGAGAGUGAAUGACCAAUAUGUGACUUUCAAUGUGUUUAAAUCUCUUAAGUUCAAUGGGGAAAUUGAGGAAUGUUCGUCUAUCUACUCAGUAGGUGAAGAUUUAGAUCUAAGUUUGAUAGACUGUGUCCGCAGUGGAGACACUGUGGGUAUAGCAGAACACAUUUGUGAAGAAGACUUACUUGAGGAUAUAGCUGCCUUUAAACAGUUAGAUUUUAAAGAUAGACCAACCCAAACCCCAUCCAUUGUAGAAGCACCCAACUUAGAGUUAAAACCACUUUUUUCACAUCUUAAGUAUCCAUAUCUUAUGAAAGGAGAAAAAUUGCCUGUAAUUAUUUCUUCCAACUUAAGUGGUGAACAAGAAGAAAGGUUGAUAGAUUUGUUGAAAGACCACAAGAAAACCUUUGGUUGGACCAUAGCCGAUAUUGGGGAAUAA